AUGAAACUCGUUCAGUUUACAUAUAAAAAUGAUCCAUGUGGGAUUCGUGUUGGAUAUUUAGCUGGAGAAAAUGUUGUAGAUGUUAAUAAAGCAGACUCAAGUUUGCCAUGUACACUUUUGGAUAUUUUAAAAACUGGAGCCUUGGAUAAAGUGAAAAAGAUUGAAAGCAGUAAUCCCCAAAAGAUACCUCUAUCGUCAGUAAAGCUCACCGCUCCCAUCCAUGGAAUGGAUAAAGUGCUUUGCAUUGGUCUCAACUACAAGGACCAUUGCGAGGAACAAAACUUGUCUCCGCCGGAAGUGCCGAUCAUCUUUAGCAAGUUUGCGAGCACUGUAAUUGGAACCGGCGAAGCUGUCAGAUUGCGUGACGUUACCCAGAAGGUGGACUGGGAGGUGGAAUUAACUGUGGUGAUUGGUAGAGCAGCGAGCAAUGUCAAAGCGGCCAACGCGUUCGACUACGUGCUUGGAUAUACUGUGGCGCAGGACAUAAGCGCUAGGGAUUGGCAGAAGAAUAGAAAUGGCGGACAGUUCUUGCUUGGGAAGUCUAUGGACACAUUCUGUCCAAUCGGCCCCUGCAUUACCACUAGCGAUGAGAUCGGAGAUCCGCAGAACCUCUACAUCAAGUGCUCCGUCAAUGACGUCCUGAAACAGAGCAGCAAGACAGAUCAGUUAAUACACAGGAUCCCUGACGUCAUAGAGAGACUGUCUUCAGUAAUGACGCUCCUACCUGGUGACAUCAUACUUACCGGAACUCCUGGUGGAGUGGGGAUGUACCGCAACCCCCCGGAAUACCUUAAACCCGGUGAUGUCAUCCACAGUGAGAUUGAGAAGAUCGGCGUGCUCGAAACAAGAGUUGAGAAAUUUUAA